AUGAGUGAAGACGUGGCUUUUGACAGCGCAAAGGAGCGCAGAAGACGACAAAAUCGACUUAGCCAGCAGGCUCGCCGAAAACGGCUGGCCAUUCUAGCACAGGCGAAAGGUCCAACGCGUAAAUGGAUCAUAUACUCGGCAGCGCUCGACGAGAAUGAGAAGCAUGAUAAAAAGGAUUCACCGCCAUCUAUCGAGAAAUGGUUAUUUUGCCAGUCAAGCGGACCAGAGCGGUCGCAGUAUAUUAAGCGCCUUCAAGAUGCUGUGACGCGUGACUCGACGCAACCGUCUUUCGAUGCCCAGCUUUUGACCAAUGUGACGCAAUUCAACAUCAUCAAGGCCAUGGCCAAGAAUGCUGCAUACUUUGGGUUCACACUCGAACUACUAUGCGAGGACAUGAUCUCGCCCUUCAACGCCUCUGGUCCAGCCCCUUCUACAUCUGGUGAUUUGCCACCAAGUCUUGCGCCCACGGCAGUCCGAAAACAGAUAGCGCAUCAUCCCUGGAUCGACAUUUGUCCCAUUCCAUCACUUCGCAACGCCAUUCUUCUCAACACUGGCACGUAUGACGAAGACGAGCUGUGCAAUGACUUGUUUACGGGGUCGGGGAGCGACAGCGAGCACCAGGUCGGCCUGGUUACCUGGGGCGAGUCUUGGGACCCAGCGGCGUACGAGCUUUCUGAAGUUUUUGCGCUCAAAUGGCAGAGACUUUUGAGGACGUCGGCGGAUGUCAUGUCGUCGACAAAUUAUUGGCGCUCGAGGAGGGGCCAGGAUCCAAUACGGCUUCAAAUGGAGCCGGCCUAG